AUGUUGAAGAAGACUUCAGAAUUGUUACAUCCUGAGCUGCUAGCAAAUGUUGUUCAACAAGCAGAAAUUGUUUCUCGCUUUCAAGCUCUUCCAAACCUACGUUUGAACAAGAAACCGGUGAAAAAAGAAGCAUCUAUACUGAUUCCCUUGUGCCUUGUAGAUGACAGAAUCAAUCUACUAUAUACUCUACGAUCAAGCAAGUUGCGUAACCAUCGCGGACAAGUUUCUUUUCCAGGUGGCAUGAAGGAUUCAAGAGAUCUUAGCUAUGAAAGCUGCGCGGUACGAGAAUUCGAAGAAGAAACUGGCGUUUCGAAAAAUUUCGUCCAAGUUUGGGGACGCGGGAAACCCAUAAUUCCAUACGCUGGACCGUCUAUUACUCCGAUCGUGGGUCAUAUUGUUGAUUUUUCUAUGGACAAACUACGGCCCAACUCUGAUGAGGUAGCCAAAGUAUUCACGGUGCCCAUCGAGACGAUUUCAUGCAAUCAUAACCGAAAACACACCCAAUUUCGGUCCAAUUACACUAUGCCUGUUUUCCAAAAUGGAGAUGAUACCGUGUGGGGAAUUACGGCAAUUAUUACCCAUCUAUUUCUUGUCGCUUUAUUGCCGGGAGCGUAUAACGCUCGAUUACCAUUCAUAAAGAAAUAUGAAGCAAAACUAACGUAA